AUGUCUCGGAUACAAGUCCCUCCAAGUGAAGGCGGCCCAAAGGUUCUCCCACCAGGCUGCACCCUAGAGAACUUCAACGCCUUCCUAACCGCCGCCCGCACCCUCUGCACCCCGUCUAACGUACACCUCAUCGAACUAGACUCGCCCCUCAUCGACGGCGACUACAUGCACCCCUGCAAAGGCCACGACAUGCACGCCAUCCUCUCACAAGACUACUUUGUGGCCUCCGCGACCAUCUCUCCGCGCGACGUGCCCGAAGUCCAAGAGUUAAUGCGACUCUGCAACAAAUUCGACAUUCCGGUCUGGCCGUUCUCCAUUGGACGGAACACGGGGUAUGGGGGUGCGGCGCCGAGGGUGCCCGGGAGUGUGUGUUUGGAUCUGGGGAGGCAUUUGAAUAGGGUGCUGGAGGUUAAUACUGAGGGGGCGUAUGCGCUUGUUGAACCUGGGGUUACUUUCUAUGAUUUGCAUGAGUAUUUGGAGAAGCAUGGUUUGAGGGAGAAGGUUUGGUUGGAUGUCCCUGAUCUUGGUGGUGGGUCUAUUAUUGGAAAUGCGGUUGAGAGAGGUGUUGGGUAUACACCUUACGGAGAUCAUUGGAUGAUGCAUUGCGGAAUGGAAGUCGUCCUUCCAAAUGGCGAUUUGAUAAGAACGGGCAUGGGAGCUCUACCAGACCCAACUAUUGCUACAGAUCCAAAUCUUCGACCCGAUCAACAACCCGGUAAUCGAUGUUGGCAACUGUUCAACUAUGGCUUUGGUCCUUACAAUGAUGGGAUCUUCACCCAGAGCAGUUUAGGAAUCGUGGUAAAAAUGGGAAUCUGGUUAAUGCCAAACCCUGGUGGUUACCAAGCCUACAUGAUCACUCUUCCCAAAGACGAAGACUUACACGCAGCAAUGGACAUCAUCCGACCCCUCCGCAUGCAAAUGGUCCUCCAAAACGUCCCCACCCUCCGCCACAUCCUCCUCGACGCUGCCGUCCACGGAACCAAAGCCUCCUACACCUCAUCCACCGCUCCCCUCACGGACACCGAGCUCGACGCCAUCGCCCAAAAGCUCAACCUCGGACGCUGGAACUUCUACGGCGCAGUCUACGGUCCAGAACCAAUCCGCUCAGUCCUCUUGUCAACUAUCAAAUCAGCAUUCUUAAAGAUCCCAAGCUCGAAAUUCUUCCUCCCAGAAGACCGCACAGAACCCAACAGCGUCCUACACACGCGCGCCAAAACAAUGCAGGGCAUUCCCACUUUCGAUGAAUUGAAAUGGGUAGACUGGCUUCCUGACGGGGCUCACUUGUUUUUUUCUCCCAUCACCAAGAUCUCAGGCGACGACGCAAUGCUGCAAUAUAAACUGACCCGCCAACGCUGCGAAGAAUUCGGGCUGGACUUUAUAGGCGAUUUCAUCGUCGGGAUGCGGGAGAUGCACCACAUAGUAUGCAUAACCUUCUCGCGCACCUCCGCCGCCUCCAAAGCCGCGGCGCACAACCUAAUCAAAACCCUAAUCAAAGACUGCGCCGCGCACGGCUGGGGCGAGUAUCGCACGCAUCUCGCGCUCAUGGAUCAGAUAGCGGGCACGUAUGAUUGGAAUGGUGGGGCGUCGAUGCGGUUUAAUGAGCGGGUUAAGGAGGCGCUGGAUCCGAGGGGGGUGUUGAUGCCUGGGAAGAAUGGGAUUUGGCCGGGGAGGUAUGAGAGGGAGAGUUGGGUUAUUGAGUAGUGGGGUUAUGUUUCUAUGGCUGGAUUGUAGGAGGUGUUAUGUUGUGCUGGAAGUUCAUUGAUUGAUUUUAUGGUUGGUUCUAUCGUCUAUGAAUCCCAUGUGCUGCUUCCAACCCAGCAGUGCAGCACGACAACUUCAUGGUAGUAUCGUCCAUUUCCAAAAUACAAAGCCAAG